CCCGGCCGCCGAGUCUGCGCGCGGCGGCCCGGCCGGGUCGAGCGCUUCUCCAUCCCUGUGUCCGCUGGGGCCGCCGUCCGUCAGUCUGUCCGUCCCGCGGCGCCGGGUCGUCCAGGGCAGAUCGGGGACCCAGGCGGCGACUGCCUCGACCCGGUCACACCACGGAGCACGACGCGUGGAUGGGGCACCUGGCCCCGAAUGCCUGCCCUUACCUCCCUGGGCCUCAGUUUCCACAUCUGUGCCAUGGGCGGGACCUCCCCUGCCAUGCUGGUGCAGGCCACCGGGUGCAGCUGUGAGGUGGCCCACGGGAGGCCAUAGGACCUUGCCCAGCAGGUCUGACCUUCACCAUGGCAGGAGGGAGACCCCAGCUGAAGAGGAGCUUCUCCAUCAUUCCCUGCUUCGUUUUUGUGGAGUCGGUGCUGUUGGGUGUGGUGGUCCUGCUUGCUUACCGCCUGGAGUUCACAGACACGUUCCCCGUGCACACCCAAGGGUUCUUCUGCUAUGACAGCACCUACGCUAAGCCCUACCCUGGGCCCGAGGCUGCCAGCCGAGCACCACCUGCACUUAUCUACGCCCUGGUCACCGCUGGGCCCACCCUCACAAUCCUGCUGGCAGAGCUGGCCCGUGCCUUUUUCCCUGCACCCCCCUCGGCCAUACCCGUCAUCAGAGAGAACACCAUCGUGUCGGGAGCCUGCUGUCGCUUCACUCCCCCACUUCGGAGGCUGGUGCGAUUUCUGGGAGUCUACUCCUUCGGCCUCUUCACCACGACCAUCUUCGCCAAUGCAGGCCAGGUGGUGACGGGCAACCCCACGCCGCACUUCCUGUCCGUGUGUCGUCCCAACUACACCGCCCUCGGCUGCCCGCCGCCCUCACCCGACCGGCCUGGGCCCGACCGCUUUGUCACCGACCAGGGGGCCUGCGCCGGCAGCCCUAGCCUGGUGGCCGCCGCGCGCCGCGCCUUCCCCUGCAAGGACGCAGCCCUGUGUGCCUACGCGGUCACCUACACGGCGAUGUACGUGACCCUCGUGUUCCGCGUGAAGGGCUCUCGCCUGGUCAAACCCUCGCUCUGCCUAGCCCUGCUGUGCCCCGCCUUCUUGGUGGGCGUGGUCCGCGUGGCCGAGUAUCGCAACCACUGGUCAGAUGUGCUGGCCGGCUUCCUGACUGGGGCGGCCAUCGCCACCUUUCUGGUCACCUGUGUCGUACAUAACUUCCAGAGCCGGCCACCCUCUGGCCAAAGGCUCUCCCCCUGGGGGGACCUGGGUCCAGCCCCCACCAUGGACAGCCCCCUCGAAAAGUUAAGUGUAGCCCAGGAACCCGAGACGAGUAAGCCGCCUGCGACACCUGCACGGCUCACCCCAUCCAAGCCGCAGAACUGUGCCCGCCGUGGCCACCUGAUCCCCAGCUGCGUGUCGUCGAGGGCUCCUGCAAUGUGCUCGUCGCCACGUGUGCCCCGCCCUCGGCUGCGGUCCGAGCCCUCGCCCCUCCCGCUGCCCAUGCCCCUGCCUGCACCGCCCCCCAGCCAGGGCCCCUCGCCCUCCUCUCCUGGGCCUGGGGGGCCAGGUGGGGGCGGCGGGCGUGGCCGGAAGCUGCUGCUGCCCACGCCCCUGCUGAGGGACCUCUACACCCUCAGUGGACUCUACCCCUCGCCCUUCCACCGGGACAACUUCAGCCCUUACCUGUUUGCCAGCCGUGACCACCUGCUGUGAGGCCCAGUCACACCCCCCACGCCCUGCACCCCAAUCUGCACAGUCCCCUUUUCCUCCCCUGCCACGCGCGUGCGUGUGUGUUCCGUGUGCGUGCCAAAUCCCACGCCCACCACCCUGCCCCUCUGGCCAUCUGGGCCCGGGCAUCCGAAGUCAGCUGGAGCUGGGGCAGGAGGGUCAUCCCGCCUCUCGUGCCCUCUAGGCCUCCAAGGGGCCCCUAGAUCAGAAGUGGGGUCUUGCCAUGUGGGUUUUUUUCUUUUUUCUCAAGGCCAAAGGCUAAGCUCAUUGGCUACUGGCCAGCCAAUAGGUUCCCCUGGUUCUCAGAAUUCUGCCGCCACAGAGUUGACUCCGACCAAUAGGAGCCCCAGAAUCGGAGCCCAGAAAGUUGACUCUAGCCAAUGAGAGCCCCUGGUCCGCUAAAGUCCGACCCAGCGGAGUUGAUUUCAGCCAAUGGGAACUUGAAAAUCCUAACCGCCUCGCGCAUCCUCUGGCCAGAGGGCUACUGCAGCCAGGGUUCAGGAUCGCGACAAUCUUGGAGUCUGGGGAAUUUCAAGGGUGGGUGGGUAUGAUUCCAGUCCAUGGGGGACCGCCCAUAUCUAAGCCUAUUCAGAGGAGAAAUUUGGGCUCAUUGUCCGCGGCUGCUCCUCAGUUAUCAGAGUUGGGCCAAGAGGGUGAGUAAGCUCCCCCGUGCCAGGGUCCCUGGGUCUCUCCUACGCCCUCCCUUAUAUACGACCUCUCACCCAGAUCCUUCUAAGUUCCUACUUCUGCAGGACUUGCCCCAGUUCAGAGGAAUUGGGGUUCAGGGUGCUGUGUCUCCCCCUAAACCCAUUAUUUAUUAGGGCUAUGGAAAGGACUUUUUUUUCUCAGAACCACCCCCCCGCCCUCUUCACACUGCUCCCCCAUGCCUCCACCUCAUGCGGAUGUGCCAUCCUGGGGGGCAUCGGUGGAGUGGAGAGGCUCCCCCACCAUGGGCACCAAAAAGCAGAGGAGACACCGCCCCCCUUUCCUGACCCCCUCAUCUUUAAUAAAGACCUGUUUGUAACAGAA